AUGAGAAAGCCUUCCACUCUGCAACGCGCACUUGUGCGCUUUUGGGUUCUCUUAUUUCUUGUUGCCAGCUUCUAUUAUGUUACUUCUGCUAUAGUAACAACGGAAGUUAAUUCAGGGAAUGAAGAGAACAAAGAAGGACAUGAUGAAGAAGCAAAAUUCAAAGGAAUUUUUCAUCCAAAACCAAUAUUCAAGAAACCCAUUCCAAUUGUUAAGCCUAUACCAAAGCCAGUUCCCAUUGUUAAGCCUAUACUAAAACCAAUUCCAGUUGUUAAGCCAAUCCCUAUUCCAGUGUAUAAGCCUAUACCAAAGCCAAUUCCCGUUAUUAAGCCUGUAACAAAACCAUUUAUAGUGGAAAAACCUAUCCCUAUUCCAGAGUCUAAGAAACCUAUCCCCGCUGUUGAGGCAGAGGAAUUUCUAAAGCCAAAGCCUUUAUUCAAAAAGCCUAUUCCUAAACUACCAUUUCACCCCGAAUUAAAGAAACCAUUUCUACCACCAUUACCAAUUCCAACUCCAUAAGAUAAUAAGACUCUUCCUCGAUCCGCAUUCUAUAAAAUUAUCAUGCUUAGAAUGUUAACUUUAUAUAUAUAGCUACGCCUGUAUCUCAACAUCACUUGCAUU